UGGAGCCGCCGCAGGGUGUGUGUAGUUGCGAAGCGGCCGCCGCGCUCGGAGUCUCCUGACCCGCCCGGGACCGAGGUGUGAGCCCUCCGCCAGCUCAAGCCAUCAUAGCUCUGCAAAGCCCUUCUCCAAGCUUCUAACAAGGAAUAACUAUGGAUAAAAGUGAGCUGGUACAGAAAGCCAAACUGGCCGAACAGGCUGAGCGCUAUGAUGACAUGGCUGCUGCUAUGAAGGCUGUCACUGAGCAAGGACAUGAACUGUCCAAUGAAGAAAGGAAUCUACUCUCUGUUGCCUAUAAGAAUGUGGUUGGUGCCCGUCGCUCUUCCUGGCGUGUAAUUUCCAGCAUUGAACAGAAAACAGAGAGGAAUGAGAAGAAACAGCAGAUGGGAAGAGAGUAUCGUGAGAAAAUUGAGGCUGAAUUGCAGGAUAUCUGCAAUGAUGUUCUGGAACUCUUGGAUAAGUACCUUAUUGUCAAUGCCACACAGCCAGAAAGCAAGGUCUUCUAUUUGAAAAUGAAAGGCGAUUACUUCAGAUAUCUUUCAGAGGUGGCAUCUGGGGACAGCAAACAAACAACAGUAUCAAACUCUCAGCAGGCUUACCAGGAGGCAUUUGAAAUUAGCAAGAAAGAGAUGCAACCUACACACCCCAUUCGGCUUGGUCUGGCUCUCAAUUUCUCUGUCUUUUACUAUGAGAUAUUAAAUUCCCCUGAAAAAGCCUGUAGUCUGGCAAAGACGGCGUUUGAUGAAGCAAUAGCUGAGCUGGACACACUGAAUGAAGAGUCUUACAAAGACAGCACUCUGAUCAUGCAACUACUUAGGGACAACCUUACUCUAUGGACCUCGGAAAACCAGGGAGAUGAAGGGGAUGCUGGGGAGGGAGAGAACUAAUGGCUGUCACGCUUCACUAUAUGUUCAAUGUCACUCUGUAUCCUACACAUAUAUCCCUUUGUGCGACAAGCAAAAAGAAUAGUACAUCGACUUUCACAACCUCAACGUAGCAAAAACUGUCUGUGGGGUAAAAACAAUUGGUUGGUGUUUUGUGUACUUAAAACGGAGAUUGGUUCUACAACUGCAUUCUGAACUUUCUUAUUAUGAACAUUUGCAGUUUUGAUUACCGUGUUUAUAUUUUUAACUCAGCACUGUGAUUAUGGGUUUUGUGAUUGCAGUUGACUUUACAAAACUCUUCCUGGUAGAAACUAGACAUUAAUUAUGUAACUCUGGAAAGCUUAAUCUGGCACCAAAAUAGUCGAAGUACAAUUCUGUUGUAAAGUUGUACAGAAAGUUAUAAAAAUUAUAUUGUGACACUGGGGCAUGGAAGGAAAACAAUCCAUUGUAUGGCAUUCCAGUUCAGUAACACACUUCAGUGAAUUACUUUAACAGGCACACUCUAUAGACAUUUUUAACCAAGUGUGGUGCACCGCUUUCAGUCAAAAGCUCAUUCUAAGUAAUCUGACCUUUCUGAGGGUUCAGUUUUUUGGGAGUUUAGCAGCCUGAUUUCCAAACUACAUUGGCAAGUAAUUGGGGUUUGACUUUGAAAAAUGGUCCAGUGCUCAUACGACAUGCAUGACUAAACCCCCUUCCCACUGCAAUACAUUACUUCGUUACAACUUGGACUGUUCUUUAGUAGUGAGAUUUCUUAGUGCACUGCUGUCAACUUGCAACAGGAAAAGACUAAUAUUGUAUGAAUGGCCUUAUUAGUUUUUGGAUAAUACUGUUAAGAGUAAAAUAAUACAAAGAUUGCAUUUCACUUAGGAGAAUUAAAAUCUCUUUGGGUAUUCCCACUCCAAACUCGAUCUGGAAACAUUUCUAAUAUUCCACUCUGCCAUCUUUGAAUUCACUUUAGAGAAAUCUUCCUCCCAUUGAGUUGAUGUUCAUCCUCACCCUCUCACCUGCUUUUAAACUUCAUUAAAACAUUUCUGGACUCCUACAUGUGUUCCAUUAUUUGUGGAUUAUAAGUGAUAGGGUGAUGGAGAGAGAUGUGCGCUAGUGGACAGGUCUCUCACUCAGAUGUUUGAGAGUUGUCAGUGCUGCUGUAGUCUUCAGCUCUUAAUGUCUGCCCCCUUAAGCCAGUUCCUGGUAUUACCUAAAAUUUUCAAGAUUUCCCAUUAUUUCUUACUGGAAUGCAGACCUUACACAUUUAUAAUGCUUGUUAGGAACUUGCGAUAUUAGAACUCCAAAUAUCCUCAUUUAGUUGUGUUCCCAAUCAGGUCCAGUCAAAUAAGACCUAAUAAGAGUUGCAUGAAUAAUGCAGUGGAAAAGAUUAGGAAUAUUCAUCUAUCAGUCUCACAGUAUCAUCCCUCUACCAUUUCACCUAGCUGUAGAAUCCAUCUGUUUGUCUGUCCAUCUGUCUGCUGGAGAGAGAAUUUCAUGCACUGAUUUUAAAACUCCCCAAUACUAGCUGAACAAAUAGUGCAGUUAAUACUUGGCGCUUGAUAAAUGCAGUAGUGAUGAAUGUGGAACCGAGCCUGUCUGUAUAUCUGGUAGCUCUUUUUGCUUUGUUUUUACUGACCAGUAUUCUGCCUAAAGUUUGCUUCUGUGAUGGUUAUAUUGCUAGCACACACGUGGUUGUGAGAAUAGUAUAGCAAAAAAGAAAUACCUGGUUAUUGAUGUACUAGAUAUGUGUAUGUCUUUUAAACGGUUCUAGUUUCACCUUACACAAAAUAAUCAGGAGAGUGUAAAAGAAUUCAAAAGUGAAUAAUAAAAAAAAUUUUAUCA